AUGUCGUCCGUCUUAGAACUAUUGAAAUACCUGGCCGGACCAAUAAAGCAGCGAGGCAAAGAGACCAAGCUAAAGACGUCGUAUAUGCAAAACACCAAAGAGCAGAUGGUAGCUGAUCCUCCAUAUAGACGAACUAUGAGCCUAGAAUCCGAGAAGAGGAAAGGUGAGGGCCUGGAGAACUCGAGCUCAGUAUUCAAAAAGCAAAAACAGGGUUAG